AUGUCCACUCAUAAUAUACUAAUCGAUUUAUCUAAUAAUGAACCCGAAUUGCAAGAAGUAAAUGUAAAUGAUCACGAUUAUAUGAAAAUUUACACACAUCUAGAGUUAGAAACGUACAAGGAUUGGAUCAAAAAUAUUCUUCCAAAUAUUUCUGGAGCUUAUUAUAUUCGAAAAGACAAUCAUGAAAGCUCAGAAUAUAAAUUGAAUGAAAGAUAUAUAUAUCAUUGUAAUGGAAAUCCAAGAUCUACAACUGGCAUAAUGAAACGAGUCAUUAAACCCUUAUCAGAUCGCAAUUUUUCUCAUCCUAUUCAAAAGUUAUCAAAGAAGCUAGGAUACAAAUCAUAUUUACGAGUAUUAAAGCGUCAUAAUGAAAAAGGAAAUGCUGUUCAUAUUAUUCACUAUACAUUUCAUAAUGGGCAUACUCCUGGUACUGAUGAAGAUCUACGAUACUUACGUAUAUCUCAACAGGCAAAAAAAUGGAUCCAUGAAAGAGCAAAAGAUGAAAUGAAACCUUCCCAAAUAGUAUCAAUAUUUCACCAACGUAUUAAUCAAUUUCACGAAACUGAAAACUUAAGCUUUUUGUCUUUAACACAAAAGCGAGAUAUGUAUCUAUCUUAUAUUGAUAUGUAUAACAUCAUUCAUGAAGAAAUAAAGAACGUGAUCUUUCUAGGUAGUAAAGAGACAGAUUAUAAUGAAAGCACUUCUAUUAAGGAGUGGGUCAUUUUAUCAAAGGAAGAUGGAUCUCAUAUCUGUAGCAACCUGGUCUGGGAGUCAUCCUUAGGCUUCAUGUUCAGAUUUCAAACUGAAUUUCAGAAGAAUAUGUUGAAGUCAAAAAGUGCGCAGACUGUUUGCAUAGAUGGCACGCAUGGAACAACAUCACAUAAGACGAAUCUCUUUACGCUACUUAUAUGUGACAAUGAAGGUGAACAAGGUGUACCCAUUGCACAUUUGAUAUCAGAAAGAAAAGCAGAAGAGACAUUAAUUAUUUGGCUUAAAGCCAUUAAAAGUCAAAAUCAAGAAUGGGAGUCACAUACCUUUCUUACCGAUUGUGAUGAUGCACAACAAAACGCAAUUUCCAAUGGUAAUUAUCUUGAAACUCGAGAAAAGAAUGAAAAUAAUGAUAAUCUUUUUAAACAAUCUGAAAAGCAAGUAAUCCAAAAAGUGGCAUUGGAUGAACUUGGUGCAAUUAUGAGAAUUCGAGACAUUUCCCAAAUGCAAAGUAAAUUUGAUGAAUAUUUUGCUUGGUGA